UCGUGUCUCGUCCCCCCGUCUUGGACGUUUCCGCUUUUGCUUGAGAUCUUGAUUAACCUACGCCGCUCGCCACUGCGGCGCACGAUAGACUAAACCCUUCUCUUCCUCGAAGUUUCUACCCUACGCCAUCGACGAUGGCGUCCCCCGGCGGGGGCCCCAACACCUCUGCAAUCUACGACACGCAGGCCCUGUUCAAGCCCCCCAGCCCUAGUCCCGGUGCCAUUCCCCGGCAGCCAUUCCCUCCUACCUCUGCGUACCCGUCUCCGCUACCGCCGUCGACAUUUCCGACUCCGACGCAUCCAGGCGCUUUCUCAUACCCCAUGGCUACUCCGCCUUUCCACCACCAUCCUUUCCUCCACUACCCCCAGGAGUCCCUCCACCGCCUCCCAGUCAUCUACCCGCCUGUGCAUCCCCACCUUCCGAACCCCAAUCCCAACACUAACCCCAGUACUAGCUCCAAUACAAAUCCCGGUGCUCGCCUUAUGGCCCUCCUGAACCCUCCUGCAAGCCCCCAACUUGAUCCCGCCGUCUCGAUGCCGCCUCCCUCUUCUACUCCUUCGGAUUUCCUGAUGCCUUCCACGGUUGGCGUGCUUCAUCCUAUGCCGUCAGCACCACAUGCGGCACUGGCCCAGCCAGCGCCAACGAGGUUGCCGAGCAACAAAUCGCCUAGGGGUCGGCUUCUCAGCACAGGGGCACAUGCUGUCUAUGAUGUGGAUUCACGUCUGCCGGGAGAGAACCAACCGCCUCAGCUCGAGGUGACGCCGAUCACCAAGUAUAUAUCUGACCCAGGGCUUGUUUUGGGCCGGCAAAUCGCCGUCAACCGGACCUACAUAUGCUAUGGGCUUAAGCUUGGUGCUGUUCGGGUGCUAAAUAUCAACACAGCUCUGAGAUCUUUGCUAAAGGGGCAUUCUCAGAGAGUUACAGACAUGGCUUUCUUUGCCGAAGAUGUACACCUUUUAGCCAGUGCAAGCAUUGAUGGAAGGAUUUUUGUGUGGAAGAUUGAUGAGGGGCCUGAUGAGGACAACAAGCCACUGAUUACUGGAAAAAUUAUAAUGGCUAUUCAGAUAGUUGGAGAUAAAGAGUCAUAUCAUCCCCGAAUUUGUUGGCACUCUCACAAGCAAGAAAUUAUGUUUGUUGGAAUAGGGGUAUAUGUGCUAAAAAUUGAUAUAAAUAAAGUCGGAAGGGGAAAAGAAUUUUUGGCUGAGGAGCCACUAAAAUGCCCCAUUGAAAAGAUCAUCGAAGGAGUGCAGAUUAUAGGUAAACAUGAUGGAGAGGUGACUGAUUUGUCCAUAUCGCAAUGGAUGGUUACUCGUUUAGCAUCAUCAUCAAAAGAUGGCACGGUUAAGAUCUGGGAUGACCGUAAAGCAAUGCCCCUCUCUGUUUUAAGGCCACAUGAUGGUCAUCCUGUCAACUCCGUGGAGUUCAUGACAGCACCUAACCACCCUGAACACAUCAAUCUCAUCACAGCUGGACCUUUAAGUCGAGAAUUAAAAUUUUGGGCUUCUUCUAGCGAAGAAGGUUGGCUAUUGCCUAGUGACUCUGAAUCAUGGCAUUGCUCUCAGACUUUGGACCUGAGAAGUUCUUCAGAACCUCAGACGGAAGAGGCUUUUUUCAAUCAAUUGGUAGUUUUACCUCAAGCAAGCCUUAUAAUAAUUGCAAAUGCCAAGAAGAAUGCUAUUUAUGCAGUGCAUAUUGACUAUGGUUUAUGUCCUGCUUCUACACGCAUGGACCAUAUAGCAGAUUUCACUGUGGCAAUGCCUAUUUUGAGUCUUACGGUAACACAUGAUAUCCUGCUUGAGGGAGAUAUAAUUGUACAAGUAUAUUGUGUACAAACACAGGCAAUUCAACAAUAUGCUUUGGAUUUAAUUCAGUGUUUACCACCACCAAUUGCUAAUGUUGGGUUAGCAAAAGAUCCUUCAUCUCAUGUAACUGAGACAUCCAGUUCCGAGGGAUUACCUGUGCCAGCGAUAUCUAGUGAACACUACAGAACUGAUUAUGCUAUGGAAAAUGCUUCACUACAAACCCUUCUUACUGAUGGUGGCAUGGAUUGUGCAUCUGCAGCUCCAGCUCUUGUAAUCCCAGAUUCUUCUGAGACUACCGGUAUCAAUGAAUCAUCUACAUCAAAUGCUGACGUUAAACUCAUUGCUCCUCCACUUCCAGAUGUGGAUGCAGAUGCAAUGCAUGCUGCCUCCUCUCCUGUUCCCUUUAACAUGGACAUUGCAGGAAGAUCACUUGCUCUGAAGAGCCCUGAAAAGACAUCUGAGGAUGCACCAUCAUAUAGGGGUCAUGAAACUGAUCAGUCAGUGUUUGGGUAUUCAGUCGAAAAGGAUGGACGCAAUACUGGACAUAAUGAUAUAUCCCCUAUAUUUAAUCCUCCUAUGAUGCUUAAGCUUGGUGGAAACUCAACUCACCUAAUUACUCCCUCUGAAAUUUUAUCUGGUGCUAUAUCUACUUCAGAAAGCAGUAAUGUCAAUAAAAAACUUGCUGAGGAAAUGAAGGACCAAGACAUAAACACUAGUGACAGCAUUAAACAUGCUGAAGUAGAAGUGAAAUUAGUGGGUGAGUUUAAGGCAGUUCAACCGGAAACCAAUACUCAGAAGGUGGCUCAAGAUUUUUCUGUUCGGGAUUUGUCUCCCCAAACUUCUAUAGCCCACUCGGAGGUAGAUAAUGAGGCUCCUAUAAUAGUAACUUCCUUUGAAGAAGAAAGUCACUCAGGUGAUGACAUUGCUAUGGUUGAGUCAAAGAGAACCUUAUUAGCUACCGCUGAGGAAGAUGGACGAGAUAGCACAAUAAAUGCAACAGAAGAUAUAACUGAACCUUCUGUUAUUACUGUAUCUCAAUCUCUCUCGGUUGUCAAAGGAAAGAAACAAAAAGGAAAACAACAUCAAACAUCCAGUCCUUCAUCACCUUCCUCUACCCUUCUGCACUCCACCUAUUCUUUGAAUGAAUCAGCACUCAGUGAGAAUGCCCCUUUAGUUGAUCCUGCUUCCACAGAUAUUCUUGCAAUGCAGGAAAUGCUGAGCCAGGUAGUGAAUAUGCAGAAGGAACUGCAAAAGCAGAUGAGUGUAAUUGUGGCUGCUCCUGUAGCGAAGGAAGGAAAACGAAUGGAGACUUCCUUGAGCCGAAAUAUAGAGAAGAUGAUCAAAGCUAAUGGAGAUGCUUUAUGGGCCCGUGUUCAAGAAGAAAAUGCAAAAUAUGAGAAGUUUGACAAGGAACGUAUGCAACAAAUCACCAAUCUAAUUGCUAACAAUGUGAAUAAGGACUUGCCAACCAUUUUAGAGAGGGCAGUGAAGAAAGAACUUUCUACAAUAGGAUCCACUGUGGCUCGUUCAGUUGCACCUGCUAUUUCUUCAGCUAUAGCAGAGUCAUUUCAGAGGGGAGUUGGCGAUAAAGCAGUAACUCAGUUGGAGAAGUCAGUCAGUUCUAAACUUGAAGCUACUGUUGCAAGACAAAUCCAAGUGCAGUUUCAAAACUCUGGGAAGCAGAUUCUUCAGGAUUCUCUUAGAUCCUGUUUGGAAUCAUCUGUUGUUCCUGCAUUUGAGCAAUCUUGUAAAGCAAUGUUUGAGCAAGUUGACAAUGCAUUCCAGAAAGGAAUGAAUGAACACGCUGCUGCUGCUCAUCAACAACUUGAGGCAGCAAAUACACCUUUAGCAGUUACUUUAAGGGAAGCAAUCAGCUCUGCAUCUUCAAUCACCCAAAGUCUCACUACUGAGUUAAUUGAUGGCCAACGAAAAAUUUUGGCUCUUAUAGCAGCAGGAAACACAAAGGUUCUCAACCCUCUGGUUUCCCAACAAGCUAACGGCCCUACAGCUAGCCCUCCUGAGAUGCAGGCCUCCCUGUCUCUCCUGCAGGUUGGGGCACAUCUAGAUCCGACAAAAGAACUCUCCAGAUUAAUUUCUGAGCAUAAAUAUGAGGAAGCAUUCACACUGGCGCUUCAAAGAAGCGAUGUGUCGAUAGUGUCUUGGCUAUGUGCACAGGUGGAUUUGCAUGCGAUUUGUUCCACAGUGCCACUUCCCCUAAGUCAAGGUGUUCUUCUGGCACUUCUGCAGCAACUGGCCUGUGAUAUCGGCAAUGAGACAUCCAGAAAAGUUGGCUGGAUGACUGAUGUUGCUGUAGUAAUCAACCCGGCUGACCAAAUGAUUGUGUUACACGUCCGACCUAUCUUUGAGCAAGUGUACAGUUUGUUGGGUCGGCAAAGAGCCCUUCCAACGACUACUGCCCCUGAGUCAGCCAUCAUCCGCCUAUUGAUGCAUGUUAUAAAUUCUGUACUCACAUCCUGCAAGUGAUUUAUUUGGAGGGUUUAUGCUCAUGUACAGAAGGGAUUGAAGAUAGAAAAGAAGUUGUGUAUGUAGAUUAUAGAGGAGGCAGGUUGGUUCCUCGUCUCCCUUUUCUUUCUUCGACUUCUUUCUAGGUUUUGAAUGAACAAUUGUAAGCUAGAGAGACACAAUUCGGUCAUGCAUUAUGGAUUUUUAAUUUAAA